AUGGGCAUAGGCUUCAUGACGACGAUCAUGGUUCUCCUCGUCAUCGACCUGUUCUGCGUGCUUAUCCGGCUGUACGCUCGCUUCUUGCAAAAGAGUCUGCCCGGCCUGAGCGACUACAUGCUCAUUUGUGGUUUUGCCAUGACCAACGGGUCGGCGGUCAUUAUGUGGGCGACGUACGCGCAUGGCUUUGGCCUCGACCAAAGCCGCUUCAGGCUGGCGGAUGCCGAAAUGUUAUGGAAGCUCAUGGCCCCCGGCUCGAUUGUCUGGAUGGGCUCAACAACCGCAAUCCGCGUCUCAAUGACCCUCUUCUACCGCAACCUCUUCCACCCAGUCAAGACCUUCAUGCGUGUCUCUGCGGCCGUAAUCGCACUCAAUGCCGGCGCAUAUCUCGCCGUCAUCAUCGCAUCCCUGGUGAUCUGCCGCCCGAUGCACUACGCCGCCUUCUCCGAGGGACCGGGCGACUGCGGCGAUAUACGGAGUUUCCAGACCUACAGCUCUACUGCUGCGAUUGUGCUUGAUGUGAUUACCGUUGCGUUGCCGAUGCCGCUCGUCUGGAAGUUGGCGACGAGCCGACGGAGGAAGUGGGGGCUGAGUUUUAUUUUUGGGUUGGGGGUUCUCAUCUGCAUCGUCACAAUCCUCCGCCUGAUCAUCUCCUACCACUACAAAACCAACAACCUGACAAUCCAAACCGCCCUCUCAAUGUUCCUCUCGGUCCUUGAGCCGACGAUGGGGAUUAUCAUCGCGUGCAUGCCCUUCUUCCCGGUGUUCAUUGCGCGCGUGCGGCAAGCGUACCGGUCUAGCUUUCUGAGCCUAGAUAGGCUGAGUUGGAGUCGCAGCCGAGGCCGUCGUGCUGCGGAAAGUUGCGCGGAAGAGAGCAUUGAGAGUGGCAACAGCAAUAGCCAUAGCGUUAAUGAUGGGUAUACUGCGGCUAUCGUGGCUGACCCCCUGGCUCGCCCGCGGUAUCCGUCCUCGGUUCGAUCAAGCGCGCCGCUCAGCGGUGGGUAUGGGAAGAAUCUGAACCUGCAUCAGCACGAGAUUCCGGGGUCGGCAUCGGCGUACCGUCUGAACACGCUCUCAGUCACGAAGUACGGCUCGGCGCUGGGAAUCGACGUCGAUGUCGUGGGUCAGCGCGAUGGGACCGCGGCUCUGCCACCUGCGAGGGUUGCGGAGGAGGGGAGGAUCUAUAUCACCCGGGAUUUUGAAAUUCAGUCGUAUGUUCCCAAGUGUAAUCGUGGUCGCGAGUAG